UUUGUGAAAAGCAUACUGUGCCUCUUCAUGGUACUAUGGAUGAUUCUGCCGGUAAUGAAUACAACUCUGCAGUGACAUUUACCUGUAAUGAGGGCUAUCUUUUGGUUGGUGAAAAAACUAGUACUUGUGGAGACGAUGGUGAUUGGAGUAGUGAGCCACCAACUUGCGAGAAAAAAUCGGACGUUGGAGGAACUUGCCUUAGUAAAGAAUACUGUUUGAUGGCCGAUUCAUUGUGUAUCAACUCAGUAUGUAAAUGCCUUACAGGAAUAUAUGACAGCAAAUCAAAGAUAUGUGAUAAAAUGCCACUGUUACCUUACGGGACUGAUGAAGGAGAUCACUUUAUAUCAAACACUGAUGUUUGUGGACCUGAUAUAUCUUUCCUACCCGGAAUGCCUGUGUCUGGUUCAAUGCGAAAACAUUUGUUUGUAUGUUCCUAUGGCUUUGUAAGCUUUGACAACAAGUAUACAAACCCGACCCCGCCAGAAAAUACAAACAGCAUUGUGACAAACGGCGAGGAAACCAUCAUAGCACCAUUUUAUGGUCCCAUUGAUAAAAGAACAUCAGGCCCUGUUUACUUUAGAUCAUAUGAUAUCUUGAACUCGUAUGACAAAAUGAAAGAGGAUGAAGAAUUGAUAUCUUACAUAGAGAAUAUUGUGAUAAAGUUUGGGGAUAGGGAAACAUUUGAUGCCAGCUUUGUAAUGAUAGCUACCUGGCAUGAAGCUAGAACAACAGUUGCAGGAUUUGAUUCUACAAAGAAAUCCACAUUCCAAGCAGUACUAGUAUCAGACGGAAAGUCAACGUACGUGUUUUAUAUUUAUGGACAUGGUUUAAUGAAUUGGCGACCAAAUGACUCGGAGUUCGCAUCAAACGUACCAAUAUGGGUUGGCCAUAAUGUUCAAAAUGUUGAUUCGGGAUUAUCAUUUUCACAUCCCUAUUCAUUCACCUCUCAAGCGCUACAACUAGACUCACAGCCUGAGGUGUCAUCAACAGAAGAUGAUGUUGCUGGACUUGUCUUUAAGCCUUUGCAUCAACUCGACAUGAAUCAUCAAAACGAUGCUGUUGAUUGUAUUAAUUGGUAUAACGCCAAUUAUGACAACAAGAAGAACAUAGAUUAUCUUGCAAGUCUUAUGCCAGAAUGUCCAUGUGAUAUAUGGCUCUCUCGUUUCGACCCUUGGUUUUGGAGAAUAGGCUUACAAAGAUGGCGGCGGGAUGUGAAUCAUAUCUGUGUUGAUAUGCUUCAUGCUGGAAAUUUUAGACAGUAUGGAAAAUCGUGUUGUUACGACGUUAAGACAUGGCUUUGGGUAUAUGAACGUCCCUUUGCAGGAGGAUUUCAACUUUACCACCCACGCUAUCCAUUACAACAUAUUUUGAAUGAUGUAAUCUACAAGACGAAAUGUUGUGUUUCCUCAAAUCAUUGCAACUUUUUCUAUGAGCUUAGACCAACUGGGUCGUGCUAUGCGUCCUCUCCAUAUGACUUUGGUACAUUUUGGGGUGAUCCACACUUUGUAACUUUAGAUAGAAAGAGUUUUACAUUCAACGGUCUUGGCGAGUAUACGUUAUUACAUGUUGACACCGAUAACUUUACCCUCGACAUUCAAGCAAGAACUGAAAGGGCACUUCAAAAGAAUGGUAAACUAUCAGAUGCAACAGUCUUUAGCGCAUUUGCCGUGAAAGAAUCCUCAAAUGCUUCCCUCCAUGUUGAGCUUAAUAAAGCGAAAACAGGUAUGAUUAUUUACGCAAACAAAGCUGACAUUACUAGCCAGUUCUAUGCAAAUACUGAUCCAGAAAAUCCAUUUGUUUAUAUUACUGAGGAACCGUCCGGAGGAGGGACUUUGAUUAUUUCAAAAAGGGAUGAUACUCUUAGCGUUUUAUUUCCAACAAGUGGUAUCUCUCUUAAUAUAUCCGUGAGCGUGGAAAUGCUUUCUUUAAACACCGGGGUGCCAAAGGUAUUACAAGGGCUGACGACUGGAUUGUUGGGAAACUAUGAUGGUAAUCCCGAGAAUGACUUUACAAUGCCAAAUGGAACUGUCCUCCAAGGAAAUCUUACGGAACGAGAGGUUUUUGAUUACGGAAAGACAUGGUCGAUCAAUUCAAAUGAUUCUGCAUUUAUUUAUGAAGACGGCCAGUCGCAUUUUGAUUUCCAUAAUGACUCGUAUAUUCCACGGUUUCUUGAUGAAGCUGAUCCUGACAAAAUAUUGGAAGCGGAAAAAGCUUGUAACGGCUCACAAAAUAUCGAAUGUAUUUUCGACCUCGUAUUUACUGAGAAAAUGGAAAUAGCUAAUCAAACAAGCAUCAUCAGAGGGGACUCAGACUCUACUACAGCUGAACUCGAAAUUACAGUACCAACACUUUCUGGAUGUGAGGACAUAUAUGCUACGAAAGGUCAAAAUGUAAACUGCCGCAUAGAUUUUAAUUCUGGUGAUGAAGUCUACUUCAUAGAAAACAGUGUUGAUGCAAAGAUAAAUAUUUCAUCUUCAUCAGUCACAUACUUCCAAAAAAGCGAUGACCCUGUGAAGAUUCGCAUCGCAACGAAAAACAAACAUGGUCGCUCAUCACCAAGUUUCGUGUUAAAUAUCGUUCUUUGUACACUGUGUAAUGGUCAUGGCGUGUGCAGCAAUAAAGCACGUGAGGAUAAAUUUGGUGUAGACAAUUUUAAAUAUGCCAAAUGUAUUUGUGAGCCGGAAUAUCAAGGAGACGAUUGUGAGAAUGAUUUUGACGGAUGCGCAGCAAAUCCAUGUUCACUACAAAGAACUUGUCAGUCUCUUACAGCUGACGAGCAGAAAAAACAAAAUAGGACAUAUACUUGUGGACCGUGCCCAAAAGGUUAUACAGCAGAUACCGAAUACGAAUGCAAAGAUGUUGACGAAUGUGCAGAUAAUGAAGAUAUUUGUGAUCAAGUCUGCACUAACACAGAAGGAAGUUUUGAGUGCUCGUGCAGAGGUGGUUACAAGGUGGAUAGUGAAAACAAAAGCAAAUGUAAAGACAUCAAUGAAUGUGACGUAGCCUUACAUAAUUGCACGCAUGAAUGUGUGAACAACGAAGGAGGAUUCUCGUGUCAAUGUUUUACAGGGUUCAAAUUUGAUUCUUCUACAUGGACAUGCAUAGAAACUUCCGAUGAGGGAAGUUGCACAAACUCAGAAAAGAAAGCCUGUAUUGGCACAAGUGGCUGUAGGAAAAUUGAUGGAAUGCCUGAAUGUUUCUGUACUGACGGAUUUGAACUCGACAAAACUAAAACAAUUUGCAAAGACAUAGAUGAAUGCUACCGAGGUGUUUGUCCACAUGACUGUGUUAAUACAAAUGGAAGUUUUGAGUGUGUUUGUUUCACCGGAUAUAAGCUUUACGGUUCGACUACUUGUAAAGCUUGUGCCAUUCCUUAUUGGGGAGAAAAGUGUGCAAACAAAUGUGUCUGUACAGGCCGUGGUGCAGAUAGAUGUGACCCAGUUAAAGGUUGUAUGUGCAAACCUGGUUGGCAGGGAGAAAAAUGUGAUAAUGACAUUAAUGAAUGUGUUGAAACAGUUGAUCAAUGUGACGAUCCAUUGAAAACAUGUGUCAAUAGUCUAGGUUCUUACACAUGCUCUUGUCGCUCUGGAUAUCAACUGACAGAUGAACAAAAAUGUGAAGACAUAGACGAAUGCACUGAUCCGCAGCUCAAUGAUUGUGAGCAGAAUUGUACCAACACUGUGGGAAGUUAUUCCUGCAAAUGCAGAGACGGAUAUACAAGGCUAAAUGGAACAUCCUGCACAGAUGUAGACGAAUGUGCAUUGGGUUUGGACAAGUGUGAGCAAAGAUGUAUAAAUAAUCCGGGUUUUUAUUCAUGCUUCUGUCAUUUUGGGUACUCUCUCAAUGAUGACAGACGUACUUGUGCUAAAUUGUCUGAUCCAUGCUUGAGUAUCAAUAACCUGACAUGCUCACAUUUCUGUGUGUUGGCAAGUGAAGAUGCAUCGUGUGCUUGUAUGAAAGGUUUCAAUCUGGAUUCUGAUAACGAAACGUGUUCAGAUAUAAAUGAAUGUGAUAGUGAGGCCGACAAUAAAUGUCAUACAAAUGCUACGUGUACAAAUACAGCUGGGUCGUAUAAUUGCGAGUGUCCAGUGGGAACACAACUUGAAAAUGACGGCAGAACUUGUUCAGAAUGUGAUGACUAUCACUAUGGCAAGAAUUGUGUGCAUGAAUGCAGCUGUCUUAAUGGAUAUUGUAAUAAAAUAAAAGGUUGUGUGUGUCAACACGGAUGGGUUGGUGAUAAAUGUGACAUCGAUAUCAACGAAUGUGAAACAGGACAAAUCUAUUGUGCUGCCCAAAAUACGAUGUGUGUAAACCUUCUGGGGAGUGCUACAUGCUUAUGUCAAACCGGAUAUGAAAAUAGCACUGGGAAAUGUUUGGAUAUCGAUGAGUGUUCUGAUUUACUGCUGAACUCAUGUGACCAACAGUGCAUGAAUACAAACGGUAGCUUCACAUGUAGCUGUCACAAAGGUUUUCAACUUAAAAAUGGAAAAUGUACAGAUGUCAAUGAAUGUACAAGUAAACAUGGUUGUGGUCAAAUUUGUGAAAACACCGUCGGCAGUUAUUUAUGUUCAUGUAAUGAAGGCUUCAAGCUUCAGUUGUCUGAUAGAAAAACUUGUAGACCGGAGACGGAAUGUAAUGAAUACGGAAGCAAUACUUGUACCGCUCAUGCGUCAUGUUACGUAAAUAAUGGGACAGUAAGUUGUACAUGUUCAAAAGGAUUUCAACUGAGUGGAAAUAGUUGCGAAGAUGUUGACGAAUGCAUGUCCAGUGUUCAGCCAUGUGAUCAACUAUGCAGUAAUAAUGCCGGCAGUUUUGUAUGCAGUUGUAAAACUGGGUUCCAGUUACAAGAAGAUAAAAUUACAUGCAAAGAGUGUGAAGCAUGGAAGUUUGGCAUUAACUGCCAAUCAGAUUGUACUUGUGACGAAUCAAACUCUGAACGGUGUGACCAUGCAACUGGAACGUGUGUAUGUAAAUCCGGUUGGGAGGGUAUAAAUUGUGAAGAUGAUGUAGAUGAAUGCUUAAAUGACACUGCUUGUCCAACUAAGUCAGCAUGUAUGAACUCAGACGGGAGUUACGUGUGUGAAUGUAACGACGGUUAUGUAAAGACAGGAGCUAAACGGUGCGAAGAAUGCGAUAGUCGCCAUUACGGAGAGGACUGCGCACGCGAAUGUACUUGCAAUAUUGAAAACACUGAAGAUUGUAAUCAUGAGACAGGCUCAUGUACUUGUAAUCAGGGAUGGCAGGGACUAGAUUGUGUAGAAGAUGUAAAUGAGUGUUCAAGCAACAGCAGUAUUUGUGAUUUUAAGGCUAACUCAGUGUGCCAAAACAAUAUUGGUUCAUAUAAGUGCAUCUGUAAAGAUGGUUUUCUGGAACAAAACGGGAUUUGCAUUGAUUUCAAUGAGUGCUUAGCUAAUGAGACAAAUACUUGCAAACAGAAAUGUUUAAAUUUACCCGGUAGCUAUGAAUGUGCAUGUUUCUCUGGUUUCCACAUGUCAGGAGGAGUUUGCCAAGACAUUGAUGAAUGUAAGAAGAACAACACAUGUGAUCAAAAUUGUAAUAACACAUACGGAAGUUUCAUCUGUUCAUGUGAGACCGGAUUUUAUCUAAACGUAACUGAUCAGACAUCUUGCGUUGCCUGUGAAGAAUGGACAUACGGAUUUGAAUGUGGACAUAAUUGUACUUGUAAUGUGCCGAAUUCUGAGAGAUGUGAUUCUAAAACUGGUGAUUGCAUAUGCGCCAAGGAAUGGAAGGGCUCUGAAUGCACCGAAGAUGUUGAUGAAUGUAUUGACGAAGGAAUAUGCCAGGACAAUUCAUACUGUGAAAAUUCUAAUGGAAGUUUCGACUGUUUAUGUGAAAUUGGAUACCAACUGACUAACGGCAACACAUGCAAAGAAUGCGACAAUCCGUAUUAUGGGAAAAACUGCAGCAAGGUAUGCGACUGCAUCCCUGAAGGAACACUUGAGUGUAAUCAUGUAAAUGGUAGCUGUACUUGCAGCCAGGGCUGGACCGGCGUGUUGUGUAAUGUCGACAUAGACGAAUGUGAACAAAAUAAAACAAUAUGUGAAUAUAAGGACAAUUCUACCUGCAAGAACGAAAAUGGUUCAUACAAGUGUUUGUGUAACGGCGGCCUUAGAGACGAGGAUGAUAUAUGCACCGAAUGCGAUAUCUGGAAAUUUGGAGCAAAUUGCGAAUCAGUGUGUUCAUGUGAUACAACAAACACUGAGCACUGUAACCCUGUCACAGGAUUAUGUAGGUGUAAGCCAGGUUGGAAGGGUACUAUCUGCAAGGAUGAUGAGAAUGAAUGUGAAAUCGACAUAUUUGUCAGAGUAACUCUACUUGUAAAAAUACGGUCGGAAGUUUUGGAUGUGACUGUAAUACAGGAUAUAUUGAGGCAAAUAAAGGAGUAUGCUCUGUCACUGUUCGGACACAAUUAUGAUACGAAAUGUAGCAGCUGGUUCUUUGGAGAUAAUUGCAGUAAAGAAUGUUCGUGUAAUAAAGAUAACACUGUCAUAUGUGAUCAUGUAACUGGUACUUGCACUUGUUCAAAGGGAUGGGCUGGUGACAAGUGUGAAAAAGAUGUAGACGAAUGUUUCAACAAUGACAGUCUUUGUGAUGAAAAGGCAAACUCUACAUGCAACAAUGGCAUCGGUUCUUAUUCAUGUGUAUGCAAUACUGGCUUCAAAGACGAUGAAAGCAACAAAUGUAAAGAAUGUAGCAGCUGGUUCUUUGGAGAUAAUUGCAGUAAAGAAUGUUCGUGUAAUAAAGAUAACACCGACAUAUGUGAUCAUGUAACUGGUAAAUGCACUUGUUCACAGGGAUGGGCUGGUGACAAGUGUGAAAAAGAUGUAGACGAAUGUUUCAACAAUGACAGUCUUUGUGAUGAAAAGGCAAACUCUACCUGCAACAACAUGGCUGGUUCGUAUUCAUGUGUAUGUAAUACUGGCUUCAAAGACGAUGGAAGUAACAAAUGUGAAGAAUGUAGCAAAUGGUACUUCGGGAAUGAGUGUGUCACAGAGUGCACGUGUGAUACAGACAACACUGAGUCGUGCGAUCAUGUUACUGGGAAAUGCACUUGUUCAAAGGGAUGGACUGGUGACAACUGUGAUAUGGACGUAGAUGAAUGUUUCAACAAUGGCAGUCUUUGUGAUGUAAAGGCAAACUCUACAUGCAACAACAGUGCCGGUUCGUAUUCAUGUGUAUGCAGUACGGGUUUCAAGGACAAUGGAAGUAACAAAUGUGAAGAAUGUAGCAAUUGGUACUUCGGGAAUGAGUGUAGCACAGAGUGCACGUGCAAUAGAGACAACACCGAUGCAUGUGACGACGUUACUGGUACUUGCUCUUGUUUAAAGGCAUGGACCGGCGAGAACUGUACGAUAGAUGUAAAUGAAUGCUUAAAGAACGAUAGUCUUUGUGAUGGAAAAGCAAACUCUAUCUGUAACAACACAAUUGGUUCAUAUAAUUGCCUAUGCAAUAUAGGGUUCAAGGACAAUGGAAAUAAGUGCGAAGAAUGCAGUAACUGGAACUACGGGAAUGAAUGUAGUUCCGAAUGCACAUGCAAUAAAGAUAACACCGACACGUGUGACCAUGUUACUGGUGAUUGUACAUGUUUUAAGGAAUGGGCAGGAGAAAACUGUGAUAUAGAUGUAGAUGAAUGUUUAAACAACAAAACUCUUUGUGAUAUAAAGGCAAAUUCUACCUGCAACAAUACCAACGGUUCAUAUAACUGUGUAUGCGAUACUGGAUUCGUGGACGAUGGAAAAAACAAAUGUGAAGAAUGUAACAGUUGGCAGUUUGGACAUAACUGUAGCAUGGAUUGCGCAUGUAAUAAAGAUAACACCGACAUUUGUAAUCAUGUUACUGGUGAUUGCACUUGUUUAAAGGAAUGGACUGGCGAGAACUGUACAGUUGAUGUAGAUGAAUGUUUGAACAACAGCAGUCUAUGCGAUGGAAAGACAAACUCUACCUGCAACAACACUAUCGGUUCAUAUAUGUGCAUAUGCAAUACAGGAUUCCAGGAUAUCGAGAAUAACAAAUGUGAAGAAUGCACUGGGAACACAUAUGGCAAAAACUGCUCAGAGAUGUGUGGCUGCAACAUAACUAAUUCAUUAAAUGAGAACCAAGCAUGUGACAUAAUGACUGGACAAUGCAAAUGUAAAGCCGGUUGGUAUGGUGACAGCUGUAAUGAUGACGUAAAUGAAUGUGAAGAUAUAAGAAGCUGUUCGACUAUUAGUGAUACAACCUGUGUUAACACAUUUGGUUCUUUUCUUUGUGAUUGCCGAAGGGGUUUUACGAAAUCGUCUGACGGAGCCUGUAUAAAAGAGAGUUCGACGACAACUGCAGUUCCUGGCAAUUCGUUUAAGCAUUCACUCACAUUAGACUUCGACCUUCCAGCUGAUACCAAUUUACAAGCCGCUGACACAUAUAACGCAAUAAAAAAUGAAAUACUUUCUACACUGUUGAACUUCUACAAGACGUACAUUACUGGUUUGAUUGAUAUAAUAAUAAAUGAUAUAAGGAAUGGAAGUAUCAUUGCGGAUUAUACUGUUGUGUACGGGGAACUCAACGAGGACGAUGCUGCAAAUCUAACUAAAGCUGUCCUUAAUUUAGAACAGGGUACACAAUUAACAGUGUAUGGACAAAAUGUCAGUGUUACGUCAGCGAUGUAUAAGGAUCUGAAACCAUGUGAAUUGUACAAUGCAACUGUCGGCAGUUGUAAACAAGGCUACCGGUGCAGAGUUGAGAACAAUAUUCCUAUUUGCAGACUAGAAUAUGAAGACAAUGAGGUGAACUGGUCAAUUAUCAUUGGAUUAUCUGGCGCUGGAAUAUUUGUUGUUGUCAUGGUUGCCAUUACCAUUGUGUUUGUGCGCCAUCUGUCGAGGAAACAUAAAAUGAGGAAACAGGACAUCCGAAGGUCGAGACGAGCAGCCUAUUAUCGUGAUACACAUGGAAAUGUCUCAGAUGUGGACACGGUACAUCAGUGCGACAAGGUAACAACAUUGAAUACUUUCUUUUAUCAUUUUAACACUAAGCAUAAACCUAUAUAACCACUUGCCCCUCACCGCUGUGGGUUCGAAUCCCGACAGGGACUUUGGAUUCUUUCACGUGAGGAAGCUAUCCAGCUAGCUUACGGAAAGUCGGUGGUUCUACUCAGGUGCCCGUUCGUGCCUGAAAUAAUGUACGGAAGGGCACCUGAGGUCUUCUUCCACCAGUAAAGCUGGAACGUCGCGAUAAGACCUAUACUGUGUCGAUGUGACGUAAAACCCAAAACAAACAAACAAAUAAACCUAUAUAAACAGAUUCGAAAAUACCUCACGUGUAAAGGACUGUCGUUAUUUAGUAUUAAGUAAAAAGAAAUAUGAUUAUAUCAUAUAUUUAAAAAUCUUCAUGUUCACACCUGACCUGUAGAUAAUUCGCAUUUCGAUGGAUAUCGGCUCUUUCACAUUUCACGUUUAACACAAAAUAUACAAAUACACAUGUCUAUUGCAUAUGUACGUAUCUACUGAAUUUGUCUUUAUCUAUUCUAAAUGACUAGCUUCGGAUACCUUCCCUAAAAGAUGGACACCGCGUAAUUGGAGGGACCUUUUAACAGGACCUGCGAUGUUUAGACAUGCUGAAAACGAAUCUGCCUACAACGAACCGUAUUAUGGAUCCCAUGCUAGACCAACAUACAGCACUGAUGACAAACAUGACAACAGGUUCUAGAUACAA